AGGAGACCCAUCAUCGUCCUCUCAUCGUCGACAACAAAGAUGAACUUCCCUGGUACAGGCGGCAGCAGUGCAUCGCCUCUUGGCGUUAUGGGCGGAGGCAUGGCUGGGGGCAUGACCGCACAGCAGAUACAGGAAGCGCAAAUGAUCAAGACGAUGCAAGCCGUGAUGGAAUCCUGCCCUGGCAAAACCGUCAUGUCCGGAGUUAUGGGCUUCGCGCUUGGUGGCGCCUUCGGCCUCUUCAUGUCCUCGAUGCGAUACGACACGCCGCUUUCCACCACACUUCCCGGCACAAACACAGCCAUAGCCGACCUUCCCAUACGACAGCAGCUGAAACAUGGCCUGAAAGACAUGGGGAAGCAGUCGUUUUCGUCGGCAAAAAAUUUCGGCUUGAUCGGUGCUGUGUUCACGGCGUCGGAAUGCACAAUUGAGGGCCUGAGAGCAAAGAACGAUCUGUGGAACGGCGUAGCGGGCGGGUGCAUCACAGGAGGUGCUCUGGCAAUGAAAGCAGGACCGCAAGCAGCGGCUGUUGGGUGUGCAGGCUUCGCAGCAUUCAGCGCGGCAAUAGACGCAUAUAUGCGGAUGCCAGAGGAUGAGAAGAGGAUGCCUGUUGUUUAAAAAGCUUUAUUGUCUAGAGAUUCACAUGUAUUACCAAGACGCUUUGGGUUCUAUAUAUUGCAUAGAUGGAUGGCGUACGGACAAGGCAGUAUCUUCACUACUUGCAUAGGAAGGAGUUUGUGUGGCUACUUGAUCAAGGGGAGACCAGAUGGUGUUCUUGUGCAGAUUGAACAAUCAAGCAAACGUCUCAAGAACUGAAUAGGCAAGCAUAAUGUGAAGACUAGCUGGAAUUGUCACGCGAAAAGCCACCGUGUUCAGCAGGUUUUGCUAAGUAUUGCUCUUAAAUGCCAUCAACUUCGACUGCAGACUAUGCUGAUAGAUAGUAUGGGUCACGAAGGUUUCCACCCCACGAUAGGCCAAAGUAAGCCACAAAGUUCAUUUACUCGAGUUUAGGUUCUCUUGCCAGCCAGAAAAGUGACUCAAUUCCUUUCGGCAUCGAAUUGAUCUAAUCGCCAUUAUUAAUUCAAAUCAAGGG